AUGCAUCUAAAUGAACAAGAACCACAUCUUUCCAUAGGAAUUGAGGAAGAAACUUUUAACGAACUGAGACAGCAAGCAAUAGAAGCCCGCUCCUUAUCUUACUCACCCUAUUCUCAUUUCAAAGUCGGAUGCUGUCUAUUAACCAAAUCAAAUGACUUUAUAAAGGGUGCUAACAUUGAAAACGCAAGUUAUGGUGCCACCAUUUGUGCAGAGAGGACUGCCAUAGUAAAGGCAGUGACUGGGGAUGAAACUGAUAAAUGGGUUUGCCUGGCCAUAUCAGGUGAAUCUCUUGAUGAAUGUAUUACACCUUGUGGGAUAUGUAGACAAACUCUUAGGGAAUUUGUUGAUGCAGAGUUUCCCAUAGUUAUGUUCAAUGGAGAUGGUUCCAAAGUUAAAAUUCGGACUUUGAAUCAACUUUUACCUGACAGUUUUGGGCCUGAUAAUUUACAAACUUAA